AUGCAAUGGCCAAGCAACUGUCCUUCCUUCCGCCCCAGAAUGCUUGCGGUCUACAUCGUCGCAUUCGCCUUGACCUUGGUGUCUGCCAAGCCACUCCGCGACUCGCUCGUGGUCCAUGAGCGUCGUAACACCGCUCCAUUUGGUUUCAUGGUCAAAGGUGCUGCCCCCAGUGAAGAGGUCCUCAAUCUUCGCAUAAACCUUGUCCAAAACGACCUUGCGGGGCUCGAGAGCGCCGUUUUGGCUGCAGCCACUCCUUCUUCUCCUACCUACGGCCAGUGGCUCUCGAAAGAACAAGUCGAGGCCUUCUCCCGCCCAACUGACGAAACCACCGCUGCUGUUAACCAGUGGCUAUCCGACAAUGGCAUCGACUCGACACCAUUGUCAGCAUCUGGCGAUUGGAUUUCGAUACGGGUACCCGUGUCCAAGGCCAACGAGCUGUUGAACGCCGACUUCAAUGUCUUCACCCAUGCUGCAAGCGGUGUCGAUUCCAUCCGCACCCUUGAAUACUCUCUUCCCGCUUCCCUUCAGAACCACAUCAAAGUCGUAACUCCGACGACGUCAUUUGCUGCUCCGCGUCGUUCUGGUCCCGUCUUCCAAGCUGCCAAGAUUCAAGAGCGCGCUACGGUUCCCUCUAGUUGCAAGAACACGAUGACGCCUACGUGUCUUCAGGCUCUGUACAGCAUCCCCACCACCGCUGCCACCAACAAAACCGGUUCUAUUGGUGUUGCUGGCUUUGAUGACCAAUUCGCUAACCAGGCCGACUUGACCCAAUUCCUCAAAGCCCAACGCACUGACAUGAGCUCUUCAACGGCUUUCACGUUGACAUCUGUUGAUGGGGGAACCAACAGUCAAACCAGAAGCCAGGCAGGUGUUGAGGCUGAUUUGGAUAUUCAAUAUACCGUUGGGCUUGCUACUGGCGUUCCAGUCACUUUCGUAUCUGUCGGCACACAGACCAAGGACGGCGCUGACGAGGGUUUCCUUGACAUCAUCACCGCUCUAAUUGCCGAAAGCGCUCCGCCACAGGUCCUCACAACUAGCUACGGCUUCAACACCGAGGCAUCGCUGUCUAAAUCCCUCACCUUCGCCAUGUGUGACUCGUAUAUGCAGCUGGCGUCUCGUGGUGUGAGCAUUCUCUUCGCUUCAGGUGACGGUGGUGUUGCAGCUACUCCCGGAGAGUCUUGCAACAACAAGCCUUUCCUCCCGACUUUCCCUACCUGCCCUUUCGUCACCCUCGUUGGCGCUACCACCGGUUCUCCUGAAACUGGUGCUAGUCUCUCUGCUGGUGGUUUCUCAAACUACUUCGCAACGCAGUCAUGGCAGGCAAGCGCGGUUUCAACCUAUAUCAGCUCCAUCGGCACCCAGUAUGCCGGCAAAUAUAACACCACUGGCCGUGGCUACCCUGAUGUCUCCGCCAUCGGAGAGUCGGUUUGGAUCGUCCAGGAUGCUUCAACUGGUCUGGUCGAUGGAACAUCAUGCUCUUCACCCAUUUUUGCAUCCGUUAUUGGUCUGAUCAAUGACCGUCUCCUUGCGGCAGGCAAGCCCGUGCUCGGCUUCCUGAACCCGUGGUUGUAUGCAAACCCAGGGAUGUUCAACGACAUCACGAGCGGGACCAACCCCGGCUGUGGCACGCAAGGAUUCUCGGCCAAGGCGGGCUGGGACCCUGUUACCGGGCUUGGGUCACCCAACUUCCCAGCGAUGCUGAAGGCAGCUGGUUUGUAA